CGGAGUCAACCGAGAAAGAACAAACGUCUACAGCUGAAAUUGUUGCAAGCACACAAUUCCAAUGCGGUCUUUCAUUGUAAUCUCUAGAAUCCGGUUUGGUUAAGGGGCUCCACUUGGGUCCAGUCAGUCACCAACUGAUUAUUAGCCAUGGAACUCCCAGUGAUCCCAUUCAACAAGGAGGAAUACAUAGAAACGGCCUCUGGCAAUCGAGUCUCGCGUCAAAGUGUUCUUUGCGGCUCGCAAAAUAUUAUUUUAAACGGAAAGAACAUUGUCCAAGGCGAGGCGAUCAUUCGUGGCGAUCUGGCCAAUGUCCGUGUGGGUCGACAUUGUAUUAUCAGUCCCAAGUCUGUGAUUCGUCCCCCUUUCAAGAAAUUUAGUAAUGGUGUGGCCUUUUUUCCCCUUCAAAUUGGGGAUCACGUUUACAUCGGAGAAGGUUCGAUUAUCAAUGCGGCCGUUGUCAAUUCCUACGUUUACAUUGGGAAAAAUGUUGUCAUAGGCCGUAGGAGCGUUCUUAAAGAUUGCUGCAUGAUUGAAGAUAACACCGUGGUUCCACCCGAGACGAUCGUUCCCACGUUUUCGCGUUAUGGUGGAUCUCCAGCUCGAAAAAUCGGCGAAUUGCCCGAAUGCGCCCAAGAUAUGAUGAUGGAAUUCACCAAGAGUUAUUACCGAAACUUCAUGCCAGUCAAGGAAUACAAGCAAUAAUGUCCUCCUUG